UGCCCGGAGCUGCACCCACCAUGGCCCCUUGCCGGCCACUGCUGCUGCUGCUGCUGCUGCUCGGGGACCCUGCUGCACACCCCGCACCGCCCAGGGCCGCACGACACUCGGACGGGACGUUCACCAGUGAGCUCAGCCGCCUGCGGGACAGUGCCCAGCUGCAGCGCCUGCUGCAGGGCCUGGUGGGCAAGCGCAGCGAGCAGGUUGCAGAGAACAGCGCCACCGGGUCCAAGCCUGUAGACGGCCAGCUGUGCCUGCUGUGGUCAGAUGUGCCCACCCUGCAGGCCUGGACGCCCCUGGGGCACCCCAUGGGCCUCUCCCCAUCUCCCUGGCUGCCUCCUGGCCCCAGGCCCGGAGCCAAGAUUUCAGACCCUGCAGGAGAUAUCCGGAGUCCUCGAUGAAGAGGAGGAGCCCAGCCGCUGGCAGGGGCCAGGGGCAGGGACUGGCUGUACUGGACCCCAAUAAAGGAGAG